AUGGUGAUGCUCCUCCUACUUAUCUGCACAUCUGCAUACGUCCAUCAACUUUUCCCCGCAUUUAUGGAUAGGAAGAAGGACUCGCCCGUUCUGGGAGGCUUCUGGAAGUGUGCGAGAAUUGGGGAAAGACUAAGUCCGUACAUAAGUGUAUGCUGCGUGGUAUUUGCUGUUCGUCUGUUUAUUGGUGCGUAA